AUGCCGAGUACGGAAGAGAAAACGACGCCUUAUUUAAUCCAAGUAGUGCCGGAGACUCAUUACCGAACACUAGAAAUCGAUCUUUUGGUAUCGCAAAUAAAAAAAACAUUGCGGUUUCCAAAUUUAAAGGCAAAAUCAAGCGUAAGCUCACACAAACCAAGAUCAUCACCGUAUCUGAUUCCAUCACGCAUCGAAAGACAGGCCUAUUUUCACAAUCAAAACAGUGACAACAGUAAAACUAACGAAGACGACCCUUAUGAAAAAUUAAGAGAGUUGAUAAAACAGGGCCGUCUAAUAAAAGAAGCGGUUAAGAAACUCCAAAUGAUGAACUUUGAAAACUUAUCGAACAAUCCAGAGGGUGAAGAUCAAGAUUGUCACGACGAUGACGACGAUAAUGAGAAUACACACCACCGUACAUUCCGGAGAAAAACAUUUUACUAUGACUCCGAGGAUGAGCCCUUGCCGGCAGUGUAUGAAUCUCUAGAUCUAUGA